AUGGAUAUCUCAAAACUUCCUGAUAAUAUGCUGGAACAAAUUAUGCUACGUGUGCCUCUUGAAUCUUUGGUUGAGUGCAGGAAAUGGAGAUCAACAAUCCGUGAAGAAGGAUUCGAAAGGCUUUACUGGGCCCAAUCCAUUACAAGACCUCGCUUGCUGUUCGAAUACACUCGGAUCUUCCCCAAACCCCUGUUUCAGUCUGUUUAUCAACAAGAGGAACCGUUGUUGUCGUCUGGUCUAAAAAAGAUGGUUGUCUCGUCACCACCAUACGGCGACUAUUGUAUGUUUUCUGCACCCCAGCGAGGUUUGGUCUGUCUUGGAGAUGAAACUAAGUUUGUGCUAUGCAACCCGGCCACCAGCAAGGUUAAGGCUUUACCGGAAUGCGAACGGCUUUACCCAGUAGGACAGUCGAGAAUAAUUUGUUUUUUCGGAUACGAUGAAGUUACUAAAGUUUUCAAGUUUUUAAUCUCAGAAAUUCAUCAUGAUUUCAUGUUUCCAUGUGAAUUUCCGCGUAAGGUGCCACAACAAGUUUUCACGGUUGAGCUAGCCGAGCUCCACGAGAAUAUCAAAGAAAAACCUUGGAGAGUGAUCGAAUGUCAGCAUAAUCAUGUCCCAGUUACUGAAUCACUAUGCCUGAAUGGGGUUUUGUACUAUGGAGCUAAGUCCCUUGUGGAGAUGGAUAAAUCUAUGAUAAUAAGCUUCGAGUUGAGGUCUGAGAAUUUCACAAUUAUUGACAUGCCUCAAGGAGUAAAACUUGCGGACGUUGGUGAUAGAUUGGUGAACUAUAACGGGGAAGUUUGCUUAGUGAAAGACUUAUGGGAUGUCAGGAAAGAUGGCACAAGAGUGUAUGAGAUGUACGCUAGAGAUGAAAAUGCAAGACAAUGGAGGGAAGUGCCUGUUGUGAUUCCUAGCUUGGGAGAUGAUGUUGGGAAAUGGAAGUUUUGUUGUGUAGGUAACAUUGGAACAUUAACAGGGGAGCUUGUACUUGUUUUCGCAACGGAUUGGUGGUUGAGGGGGGAAUGUGGAUCAGCUUUGGUGUUGUAUUACUACACAGCCACACGUACUGUGAGAUUGUUUAACAUCGGAGGAGUUAGAGAGAGUUUAUGUUACUCUCCUCAAACCUUUGUGAAUCAUUGUGAUAGUCCUUUGCUUACGUAA